AGUGAGACGUUUGAGCAUGCGCGGGAGCCAGGCGGGCACAUCGGCGACUUUCCAGUCUCUGCCGCUGGUGCUGGUUUGCCCAGCCCAGCCCAGCCCAGCCUAGCCUUGCUGGUGGUUUACAGCAGCCGCCGCGGCGACAACGACAGCGGCGGCGGCGGAACUUGCCGUGGGCUUCUUCGGGGCGUGGUCUCGGACUUGCCUUCCCCACCCAGCAGCCCCCACGCGCAGCGUGAUCCACCGGUACCAAAGGGGGGCCAUCAGGAGCUGGGGAGGGGGAAGCUCCCGGGCCGCAGCCCAAGCCCAGGAAGAGCUACGGGACCCAGGCUGCCCAAGCGACUAUGGGGCUGGAGAAGGAGAAAGCGGACACCAAGAUCUUCAUGGAUGAAGACGGCUUCAACCGAAGUAGCAGCCCCGUCUUCUCCGACGCGGAGAACAGCUUGGAGAAAACCCCUGACAGGGAUCCACACGGGAUUAAUACCCAUCUGCAGCUGGGAUUUGAGGAUGUGAUAGCAGAGCCUGCAUCUACUCACUCUUUUGAUAGAGUUUGGAUCUGCAGCCAUGCACUCUUUGAGAUCAGCAAAUACCUUAUCUAUAAGCUCCUGACGCUUUUCCUUGCGAUCCCCCUUGCCCUGGUUGCAGGAAUUCUCUUUGCUGUGCUCAGCUGCCUGCACAUCUGGAUUGUGGUGCCUUUCACAAAGUCUUGCCUUAUGGUCUUGCCUUCUGUGCAGGCUGUAUGGAAGAGCGUGAUGGAUGUUUUUGUUGCACCAUUGUGUCGCAGCAUAGGAAGGUGCUUUACAGCAAUCAACAUACGCAUUGACCAAGAGUGAACAUCUGGGAUUUAAUGCUACUCUAGUCUUAAAUGAUGUUAAACCUCCUUGCUGACCCAGUAUGGAUACACUUAAUCAUUCAUUCCAAAACUACUACUGUUUAAAGGGUUGACUUUUUUUUCUUCAACUGGGUUACACUUUUCUGGAAAUAAAGCUCGCUUUGGGAAAUGGGGAAGAAUUGUUAAGAAAAAAAGUAUGCUGUUUUCUAGCUGAAAAAUAAUAGGCUGCAUUUGGCAUCACUCUAUUUUAACGGUACUAUCAUUGUCUGAUUCUGACAGAUGUGUCAUGGGGACAUAUAUGACCACAUCACAUAUGCUUAUCUAGACAUGUAUUACUGCAACUAUGAAUCCUAACUAUGGGAAAUCACUAUGCACUGUAUCAACUAAAUCCGUAUCUAUUGUAUAACCCAAAUUCCUUCAAAGUUAUACCAGCGAUAGCCCUGGCCGAUUUCCUCAGUGUUAUUCUAUACAGACUCCUCUCAGAUUUUUGACUGCAUCCAGAAUAUAGAGUGUUACUCCUGAAAAAUUUCCUCAUCUGAAUUCUAAUAGUCUUCUUUUCCAGCUACCUCCCUGUAAAAGAAUGUUGGGAAAAAUGUUGCCCCUCUAACUACAACUCCCGUUAUGUCUGUCUGUUGGUCAUCCUGGCUGGAGCUAAUGGAGUCCAUCAACAUCUGGAGUGCCAUAGUUCCCCACCAAUGUUGUAGAAUCUACCAGCUCCUUGCAUUACCCAUCACCAUCAUUAUGCCCCUACUCAAAUAUGAUUUCCAAUGGCAGGGGAGCCCCUAAGUGCCCAGGUUAAGACCAAACUGAGUCCAUGGCCAGCUACAACUUGAUCCCUUCAGUCAGUAAUGGGAGCUGCGGACCUGAGCUAUAACUGGAGCCUGAAAAGUAGCAGGCAGGAAAUCCUUGCACUGUUAUAUAGAUCAGGCAAGGGUCAGAAGCACCUCCAUACUGCUUGCCAUUCAGGGGCCAAUAUUGUAUUUCCCUUUUCCCUUCUAUGUGUAAAGAAAACUGGGACUUUUGCACAAAUAUUCCUGGAUAGCUCAGGUCCCUGCAUAAAAUAAGGAGAAUCCCAAUUCAGGCACUGGAAUCCUUAACAACAUGGAGCUCAGCCACUCAAGUGUGUGCUCCAAGACAUACAUGGUGAUCCCCUGCAAAGAAAGGGAUGCACGCUGCCACUCCCUUACAGUCAGGUGAACUGGGAAGCCCAUACCGUAGCUCUGUAUUUGGUUUAGAUGGAAUAUGGGGUUCUGGAUUAGGCUGACAAAAUCACCAUCCCUACAGUUUUGCUGAAGAAUACUCCUUUGUUGCCUUAUUCUGGGGUUGGGUGUAUUUAUCAGAGGCAUUUUCUGGAUCACAGUGUAACUCUUGGGUUUUUGUCUGGUUCUUCUGUAGUUGACACAAUUCAGGAUCCAAAGAGUUACAAAUGCAGGUUUACACAGAACUGUAGAAAAAGGGAAUUAAGCACAUUGCCUACUAUGCAAGUUCCUAAGGAUCAAAAGGAGGAGAAAGUUAUUCCUAAAUUCACUGUUUAAAAUAAGGUGUUAACUUGGGGCAGGUAAUAAAUCUUGAUGCUUUUAUUUAAGGAAAACUGUUGACUUCACUGUAUAUAUUGUGUUUUUAUGUAAAUGAUAUUGUUAUGGGUUACCUUGAAGCUUUAUUUUUAUUAUCUCCGUAUUCUUGCCAAGCUUUUAUUUUCAAGAAGUAGGGUGUUUCAGCCCAUCACCUGCUGUAUGCUCGCAGUGGGCCUGUGCCAUGCAUACAAGCCCACAAAAGGUGUCCAGAAAAGAGGGGGGCAUUGAACUGAUGUCUCAACCAAGAACUUGAGGCAGGAUCUAGCUGAGCCUGAGAAACUAGAGCCAAUAUAGAAUCCCAAAAUCCAAUAUAGAAGUGGGUGCUCUCCUGAUCUCCCCAGAUUUCCUUCCAAACUAGGAUGUGAAUGGCUAUCAGUGUAUGGCCUAUGUUUUCAAUGUGUGAAGUUUCCAUGCGUGGAAAUACUAGCAUGCAGCCAUUUUGAGUGUAUGAGAAUCUCUAGAGUAAAGCCAAUGACAUUUUAAAUGAGUGGGAACUGUUGUCUAGAUUUUGAAAAGGAAAUAAUUGAAAUGCUGAAAUGCUAUUCAAAAUAUACCAAAUAUUCUGUAUUCCAUUUUAAUGCUAAAUACUAUGAUCCAAGCUAUGCCAAAGACUGUAUUUUAAAUUUUUUAUUAAAAUGACCUGUACAGCAUUUGAAAUUUUCUGCCUUUCUAGUUUAGCAGCAACACUGUUUAAUAAUUCACAUAAUAA